AUGACACGGAUGAGCCGCUGGUACUAUGCCGCGGUACCUGCCAUUGCCUUCAUUGUGGUCGUGUGGUCCCUUUGCUGGACACCCAGUUGGACUGGUAUUCUUUCCAUCGACCAGAGUCGCUGGUCUUCGAACCCGCUUCGAAUGAAUUCAAAUGGACCGCGCCUGCAGAAGAAGCUACCAGCUGUCGCACUUUCCAACAUCACCGCCUCGCAGAGAUCCAGUAUAACUAAUUGUGUUUCAAAUAUGAUUAUCGUGUCGGACAAGGAAGAACAAAUGAGCCCUUCGUUUCAACCUGAGCACGAUAUCAUUUCCGAUCUGCCAGAAGUGUAUUGGGACAAGGAAAACGUCGAUUUGCAGGCUUACGAGAGAAUAUACAGUAUGAAUGGCUUGAAAGAGCCUACCACAAGACGAGAUGGAUGGCUACUGGACAGAUUCAAGUUCUUGCCUAUGAUGGAAUAUGCAUAUGAGCGGAAUGAAGCGGCGAGGUGGUUUUUCUUUGUUGAGGCGGAUACGUACAUUGUCUGA